GUUUUGAAGGAAUGCAACUUACAACUUGCAAGCACGUCAUUUCUCUCACUUUCCGUGCAAAAUCGCCAACAUAAAGUUGAUAGUCUUCGCUGCUGUCCUAUUCAAUUCAAUUACCUUCUCAAGCUCAAUUUUGAAUCCGUGGGCAAGCAACCGACAACAAAUCUAUUAAAGGAGUGGGGGUGGCUGUGCAGUGAUUUCUGAGACUGAAUAUCUAUGGAGGGCAACCGACGGAACGCCGGAAACGGGAAUGGGGCGAACCGUUGCGGGGACUUUCUGAUGGCUGGGAUUCGCAAACGUCGAAUCGUGGGAACAAAGAUUGCAGCAAGUUCUCCAGCACAUCGACGGUCCCUCUUGAAACGCCUGAAAGGAAGUCUAGGAUAUGCAGAUCAACGCUUGUACACUUCCAGACAGUUUCAAGAAGGGUCAAACAAAUACGAAGAGUUUUUCUGCUACAACGAAAAUGAGGAAGGGGAUGAGAUGGUCGGAGUUGAUGGAGAGCCAAAAGGGGCGAACUUGUUUAAAGACAUUUCAAUCAAUAUGACAGACUUUGUUAUGGAAAGACAAAUGGGGAACGUCAAAAAUCUGAUAAGUUUACAACCCCGUGUUAUGGGCGAAACAUUUCAAUCUCAGUCAGACAUGCCGUGUGGAUUGAUGGCCAUGUCCCACCUUCUGACCAAUCAAAUUCUUCAAGAAAAGCCAAUAAAAGUUGAAAACCUAAACAAAGUGUUCUGUUCUCAGUGGCUUAGUGACAGACAGGUUAUAUUUGGCACUAAAUGCAAUAAGCUUAUGGUACUUGAUGUACAAACGAAGCACAUGACCCAAAUCCCAUCGCUUGCUCCGUCGCCUCGAAGUCUUCCUCCAGAUUCGCAGUGUGGAAUACAUUCCAUCCAAAUUAACCCUUCUCGGACCCUCUUAGCUACUGGUGGUAAAAAUCCAAAUGACGUUGCAAUUUACCGACUUCCAACAUUGGAUCCUGUAGCUGUAGGCGAGGUUGCUCAUCAAGACUGGGUAUUUGCAUUAUCUUGGCUGGACGAUGAGUUUUUAGUAUCCGGAUCACGUGACACUAGUCUUUCUCUGUGGCGUGUUCCUGAAGAAAGCCCAUCAUCUUACCCAGAGCAGAAAAUUUCUUCCUCGUCGUCAAUUCAUCGUAGAAAUUCGGCCACUUCCUCCGCAUCAACUUCUUUCUCCACUAGAAACGAAGUGGUUCCAUCCUAUUCUUACAUCAAUGCUGUUGCGACCAAAGACUGUCGCAGUGCACAAAAAGUCCGAGAUAUCGUGUUCAAUCGCAAACUACAGGAAAUUGCUUGUGUUUCGCUCAACGGCUACAUCCAUAUUUGGUCAGCAGAAAAGUUCACACAGAAAUUUUCCAGGAAGCUCCCAUUCAGUAUGGAGAAUGUUUGUCUCGCUGUGCAUGAAGAUUAUGGACUAUAUGCCGUGGGAAGUAAAUCCCACACCUCUCUUAUGGAUGCCAGAACAAUUCAAUGUGUGAAGAAAAUUCUCUCAAAAUACUCAGGAUUUGGAAUUCGUUCUACUAAUUUUUACUCUUCCCUUUUAUCCAUCGGCACUGGACAAGGAACAGUCAUGUUCUACGAUCUCAGGGCUGGAAAAUACUUGGAGUCAAAUGUUAAUUCUGCACGUUCAGCCACUCUCAAAUCUAGCACUGGUUGGACGUAUCCAGAUGAAGAAAUUAUCAUGGAUGUGUACAGACAAAAAUACACCCCCGCAAUUUACACCCACUGCGUUGACAUGAGUGGGACUCGCAUUUUCGCAGCUGGUGGACCUCUACCAAUUACUUUGUGUGGAAAUUAUAUAGGAUUAUGGCACUGACUGACAACAAAAUGACAAAAAAUAUUUAUUUAUUUGACUUGCAAAUAUGUUUGAAUUUUACGACGGUUUUAGAAGAUCUUUAAUUGUUAGCCCAAGUAUGUUAUAUUUUUAAAUGAAAUUUUGAUUCAUUUAAUAUUUGUAAAUUAAUGUUUUAAACUAAUACCAGAUACCGCACUAAAAAGUUAAACUAGCGCAAACAUUGUCCCAUAAAAUAGCUUGGUACUUGAACGAUCUAAAUAAUCGGAAUAAGUCGAAAUUCGGUAAAUCUGAACAUGUAAUAUUCUGUUUAUAUCUUGAUAAUUAGAUUUCAUGACACUCUUUAUUACAUGCUAUGAUUUAGGGAUAAAUAAAUUGACUGAUUAAUUAGA